AUGAGCACCGCCUCCGCCGACGUCGGGGACGCCGGCGAUGGCGCCUCCUCUGCCGCCACAGCGCCCGCUGGCAGGAGGAUCCCGCCGGCCUCGUCCAUGCCGUGGGUCCGCAACCUCCGCCGCUUCGUCGGCACGGGCGCCGGCCUCGGAUCCGAGGCCCUUAUGGAAUUGGAAACGAAAAGGAUAUUGCUUGAGAUUUUUAAGGAGCGGCAGCGAAAGAGCGCUGAAGCUGGUUCCAUCCCAAGUUUUUACAAGAAGAAACCUGAAGAUGGAUCUAUUAGCAAUAGAGUCCAGAGGUUGGCCAAGUACAGAUUUCUAAAGAAACAAUCAGAACUUCUACUUAAUGCUGAUGAUCUCGAUGCCAUGUGGGUUUGUCUCAGAGAAAAUUGUGUUAUUGACGAUGCUACUGGUGCUGAAAAGAUGAAUUAUGAAGAUUUCUGCCAUAUUGCCACAGUGUGCACAGAGCAAAUUGGCCAGAAAUGCAAACGCUUCUUUAGCCCUUCGAACUUUAUGAAGUUCGAGAAGGAUGAUUCUGGGAGAAUUGCAAUCUUACCAUUCUAUCUUUAUGUUAUGCGAACAGUUUCUCUUACUCAAGCAAGAAUUGAUAUGAGUGAACUUGAUGAGGAUUCUGAUGGUUUCCUUCAACCUCAUGAAAUGGAAGCAUACAUCAGAGGACUUAUUCCCAAUUUGGCACAACUGCGUGACAUGCCAUCAGCCUUUGUUCAAAUGUACUGCCGCAUAGCUGCACGGAAGUUCUUUUUCUUCUGUGAUCCACACAGACGAGGGAAAGCAUGCAUAAAGAAAGUAUUGUUGAGCAAUUGUCUUCAAGAGCUAAUGGAAUUGCAUCAGGAGAGUGAGGAAGAGGUAACGGAUACCGAGCAGGCUGAAAAUUGGUUUUCCUUGACUUCAGCUCAGCGCAUAUGUGAUAUGUUCCUUGCACUAGACAAAGAUACAAAUGGCACACUGAGCAAACAAGAGCUGAAGGAAUAUGCUGAUGGCACACUAACAGAAAUCUUCGUCGAAAGAGUUUUUGAUGAACAUGUACGCCGAAGCAAAGUUGGAGGUGGCAACAGUCGUGAGAUGGAUUUUGAGAGCUUUCUCGACUUUGUUUUGGCCCUAGAGAACAAAGACACCCCUGAAGGGCUGACAUACUUAUUUAGAUGCCUUGAUCUCAACGGAAGGGGAUUCCUGACAACUGCUGAUAUUCAUACUCUAUUUAGAGAUGUGCACCAGAAGUGGAUCGAGGGGGGGAACUACGAGCUUUGCAUCGAAGACGUAAGGGAUGAAAUCUGGGACAUGGUGAAACCAGCUGACCCUCUCAGGAUCGCACUCGCGGAUCUCCUUUCCUGCAAGCAAGGCGGGACUAUUGCCAGCAUGCUUAUAGAUGUCCGAGGCUUCUGGGCCCACGACAACAGAGAGAACCUCCUCCAGGAAGAGGAGGAGCAAGUGGAAGAGGCUUGA